AACGUGGUGCCAACCAAGAAAGGAGAAAAAGCAAAGGGGUUACUGCAACAACCGGUAGACGAGUUCGACAUGUCUACGCGAUUCGAUGCUGCCAGCCAUUUUCUCAACCCUUCCGAGCCGGUAGUGAAGGUGGACCGUGAAAAUACAAAAGUUACGCAUAAGUCAGCAUCGAAAAAGAAUCAUACCCACUUUCCAGUUUCAGACAAUCCCGAAUCAGAUGAAGGUUACAAUGGAAGCGACGAGCAGGACCGCCUGAAGGGCAUGCCAGCUUCCUUCCAACAUGACGAGGACGAAUUGGAUUAUUCCCUCGUUUAUGAUGUACACAGUGCGGAACAUAGAGAAUAUGAUGUUUUGUUCCGAAGUCGAGCGGGUAAACGUAGGAGGAGGCCCGGAAGAGAAGGUGCAUUCCAUGUUGAGCGGUUGGAUAAAACGAAUGUCGAAGAAUCCGCUUGUUCUCAAGCCAGUCUGUUCCUGAGAAACACCUUAUUUUCUCGCCCUACCUGCAAGGGAGUCAGACGUGCAGAGCCUGAAUUACUAAUCAGUUUGGCCAAAAAACAAAAAGCGCGGAGAAAACGGUGCAAUCGUGAUGUUGAGGUUGGGUUCGAACCACGAACCUUCCGGUCAAAAGCCGCUGUAGGUAGUACUAUUGAGGAGAAUGUUGAUAGCCCAUGUAGCGUAGAUGGCGUUGGUCUGGACAACUACAAACGUUUCAUCAUAAAUCGAGGUGACACCAUCAGGGCGUCGUUGGGGAGCGGAGGUGAGCAGUGUCAGUGGUGCGAACUUACUGACCUGAAUGUCCUUGUUUCAAAUCCAACCUCGACAACUCGAUUGCUCGUGUCUAUGUUUGGGCAACCUGGCAGUAUCUCAGCCUUCAUUCCUUCUUCGGGUGGAAUGACAGCUAGGAAUCCAAAUGGUGUUACAGCUGAACGAUUACUGUUAUUAAUGGCCUUCGUGAUGCCUAUUUCUGUGCGGAUUGUCUGA